AUGGAUCCCGACUACUUCACAAGCGUGCGAGACGACCGCGACCCAACCGCGCCCCAAAUUGAAGAUUCCGACACUGACAUGGCCGCAUCUGCGAGCGCUACCGCUUCUUCAUCACGACCCUUUAUGCAGAACUCACCCGCACUCCACGGGCGCAAGGCACGCAUGUCUCGCUCAGGAGCCCCACGGCCCAUAAUCACGCCUACGAGCCCGUCAUCGUCAUCGAUACCGCACACCCUCCUAGCCUCCGCCCCAGCCUCGCCGCCCACACCCGCUCCGAGUCCCACGCCAACGCAGCGAGUGCCCGACUGGAGCACCGCGGCCGAGCACGAGGAUGGAGAUAUCAAGAGUAUACGUGCCCAGUUCGGCGAUAUGAACCGCGCCGAGCGGAUGCGCCUCCUGGGCGAGUUGCUGAAUCUGUGCGACAGCCAGGAGCUAAGCUUCGUGGCCGAGUUUGUCAGUCCCCGGUUAAAGAAGGACCCAUUCAUGGUUCUACCAACCGAACUGUGCCUCAGGAUUCUUGAAUGCGUCGACGACCCCACGACUCUCGCCCGAGCCUCGCAGGUGUCCAAGAAGUGGCGUGAACUCGUCAACGACGACAGUGCCUGGCGGUUGCUGUGCCAAAAGUUCUCCUUCAGAGCUUUGCCAAAAGAAGACAGGAUCGAAGACGAUGCCGCCGGUGACGACAUGGAAGACGCCGAUUCCAAGUCGUGGUGGCAGAAUGACGAGCGUGCCCCCAGAACAGAUGAUGUGCUGGCAAGAGAACACCUCGAAGUCGGCCCGUCAAAUAUAGGCACUGAGGGCCUGCGCACUCAGAGUCUCGACCGAGCUGCCAAGAGAAAGUCAUCGUACCGGAGACCACAAGCGACCACAUACCGCUCGCAUUUCAAGCAGCGAUACAUGGUCGAGACUGCGUGGCGCAACGGGGGAGUAUGUGACGCGCGACAAAUCACCCCAGACCAGGGUGUAGUAACCAGUCUACACCUGACUAAGAAGUACAUUGUGGUUGCGCUUGACAAUGCAAAGAUUCACGUCUUCGACACAGUCGGCGACCAUCAGAAAACCCUCCAGGGGCACGUCAUGGGGGUGUGGGCCAUGGUCCCUUGGGGCGAUCUAUUGGUCAGCGGUGGCUGCGAUCGCGACGUUCGCGUAUGGAACCUUGCGACUGGCUUCCCACAAUUCACCCUGCGCGGUCACACUUCUACAGUACGAUGCCUGAAGAUGUCCGACGCAAACACCGCCAUAUCCGGCUCCAGAGAUACUACGCUGCGCAUCUGGGAUCUGAAGAAGGGCCUAUGCAAACAUGUCCUAAUUGGUCAUCAGGCUAGCGUCCGAUGCCUUGAGAUCCACGGCGACAUAGUUGUGUCCGGCAGCUACGACACUACUGCGAAGAUUUGGAGCAUCUCAGAGGGCAAGUGCCUGCGCACACUUACUGGCCACUUUAGCCAGAUCUAUGCCAUUGCCUUCGAUGGCAAGAAGAUUGCGACUGGAAGUCUGGACACCAGUGUCCGGAUAUGGGAUCCAAACGAUGGCAAAUGUUUGGCUGUGCUACAGGGCCACACCUCUCUUGUUGGACAGCUCCAAAUGCGCGACGAUAUUCUUGUGACAGGUGGUUCAGACGGCUCUGUCCGCGUGUGGAGCCUUGCAACCUACCAAGCCAUUCAUCGAUUGGCCGCUCACGAUAACAGCGUGACGAGUUUGCAAUUCGAUAAUACGAGGAUAGUCAGCGGUGGUAGCGAUGGCCGCGUCAAGGUUUGGGAUCUCAAGACCGGAGUUCCAGUGAGAGAGUUGAGCAGUCCUGCUGAAGCCGUCUGGAGAGUUGUCUUCGAAGAAGAGAAGGCCGUCAUCAUGGCCAGCCGGGGCGGUCGGACCAUUAUGGAGGUGUGGGACUUUUCACCGCCCGCCGAAGAAGACUUCGACUCUCGAUCCUCCACUCCUGCAAGCAUGCCAGAGCAUCUCGAAGUUGAAUACAAUCGUCCGCGAUCUGCCAUUCUCCCCACGACAUCCCCGCUUGUACAGGACCAUAGCGUCGGUGACGUAACCAUGGCCGACGCGAACGAUUCGUAA